AUGUUAGAUAAUAGGGUGAGUAUAUGGGUAAAUCGAGUACUUGACAUGGGAGCACCAAGCCUGGUGACCGAGUUCCGUCAGUUGCGUAGAUGGGUGCCCGAAAACAUGACAACGAAUGCUUUCGCUGCUAAUCGACCUCUUAACAGGUAUAUGGAUGUACCUUGUCAGGAUGCACGUCGAGUUAUUCUGAAAUGGCCCGGAAUCGAUAACGAUUAUAUCCAUGCAAAUUAUGUUGCCACCCCGAGUAAAGACAACCACUUCAUUUGUACUCAGGGACCACUUGUCACUACAAUGCAAGCAUUUUGGGCUAUGGUUAUCCAAGAAAAAGCUGAAUACGUCGUUAUGCUGUGCAACACAGUUGAAUGCGAUAAAAACAAAUGUGAGCAAUAUUGGCCACUCAAUGUUGACGAUGUGAUGGUGUUCGGAGAGGACAAUGAUGGAAAAAUCACUGUUACCAAUCUAGAUGUAUCUCCCAUGUCCAAAGAAGAUCACUUUGUUCGUGUAUCUAAACUCAAACUGGAAUACAAAGAAUUUGGACAAGAUACAUUCAAAAUUAUCACUCAUUAUCAGUGGGAAAAUUGGCCUGAUCGAGGCGUUCCUGCGACGAAGUUUACAGCCAUUCAAUACUUAUACGUCCAUCGAGUAUUGUUAGCGUAUUUUUUGGAGAAGUAUCGCAGUCGAUUUGAGCAUAUUUUGGAGAAUGGUGGAGCGGAAAAGUAUCAGAAAUGGUGUGCUGACUAUAAAAAAGCUACCGGUUGUGACUAA